AUGGAGCCCCAAACUGUUACGAGCGAGAAAUUCUUCAUUGUUAUUCGAGGGAAGUCGCGGACGGGCUUCUGCCGCGGGUGCAUCGGGCGCGUGGAGGCGGAGACGGCGCGCGGGGAGCUGGUGGGGCUCCGGUACAGCAGCGGGGCCAACGCCGGGGCCCCCAAGAGAGGGGGCGUCGUGAUGAGGGAGGACACCUACCCGCUGACGCGCCACCAGGCCCAGAUCCUGCUCUACGUGCCCAACGCCAGCAAGCGCCUGGAGCUGCUCUGCAACCCGCAGCUCUUCUCGGCCGUCUGCCAGCUCUCCCAGGACGACCUGGUGGUGGUGAGGCACAAGAAGGGCCACCACCCCGCCCUGGUCAAGAACCUGAUGCGGAUUGGGAAGAAGGAGUGCAAAGAAGAUCUUCACAUGAUUGGCUUCGAGGUCGAGUUUGUGGAAAACGAUGACAAAUCGCCAUCCAGGAAACCUGCACCUCAGCCCCUCUUCAGCGCGGCAGACAUCGUCCAGGUGGUCCCGUCCUACUCGGUUCCCCUGGGCCUGUACUGGAGAGACGGUCUGAACAAAAAGCCAGUGACACGUGUCAAUUCCAUGCCAAGCUUCGGAUCCUCAACCCGACAGGCCACACGCAAUCAUCGGGGGCAGGGUCCCGUUCACGCCCAACAGACGAGCGCGUCUCACCCCCCUCUGGAGGUGGGAUCCAUGGUGGAGGUGGUUUCCAGCAACGGGAUCACGGUGUACGGAGUCAUCCAGUGGUUGGGGAUCCCAGGGGGGAAAACGGAUGAAUGGGUUGGGAUUGAGUUGGAUUAUGACGUGAAUGGCUGUUCAGAUGGGGUCUAUGGAAGUCAGAGGUAUUUCACCUGCAAGGGGAACAGGGCGCUUUUUGUUCCCAUCACAAAGUGCUUCCCCGACAGCAGGUUUGCCUUCUCGGAAAGGGAAAAACCCAAAGCCACCGAAACCCCUUCAGUCCCUCCUUUUGAGGAAUCGGAGGAGGAUACGCCGCCUGUUGCUGAAUCAGAGGUGUCAUCACUAUUAGUGGGAAAAAUGAAGGGAAUACAGGGUCACAUUAAUUCCUGUUAUCUGGACGCAACACUCUUCAGUUUGUUUAGUUCAUCCGAGACUGUGGACAGGAUCUGCCAGAGGCCUGCUGACGGCGAGCGUCCCCUCACCUGUGCUCUGCGAACAAUAGUCCACCGUUUGCGCAGACAAGGCUUCGUGCCUGCAGAGAGUGUGAUGGAUUUUCGCAAACAACUUGGCUGUGACACAUUCAGGACUGACGAAAAAGAUCCAGAGGAGUUUAUUACAGUCCUCUUUAAGAAAGUACUUUGCUUAGAGCCAUUGCUCCAACUUAGAUCUGAAGGAGGAGCAUCUCAGGGAGCCUACACCCUCCAAAUCUUUUUGGAGAAAGAGCAGAUGGGACAGUUCCCCACUGUCCAGCAACUGCUGGACACAUCCUGCCUGUCGGGAGACCUCAAAUUUGAGAUGGAGCCGUCCUGCCUGAUAGUUCAGAUGCCGAGGUUUGGAAACAAGUAUAAAAUGUUCUCCCACAUCAUUCCUUCCAUGGAGUUGGACAUCACAGAUCUAAUGUACAACUCGCGAAGGGAAUGCUUUAUCUGUGGACAUUUGGCGGAGUUCGAGUGUGUGCAGUGUCUACCGGACCGAAAAAUGCUUCCCGGUAGAAUCAAACAGUUCUGUGCAACCUGCAACUCUCAGGUGCACGCCCAUCCCUCGCGGAACUGCCACGCCCCCAGAGCGCUGGCGGUGCCGGCAGGUGCAGCCGCUGACGGUUCCGGUUCCGGGUCCAGGCACACCAUGCAGCUAUUCGCCGUGCUCUGCAUUCACACCAGUCACUAUGUGUCGUUUGUUAAAUACGGCCCUUCGCCUCACUCCUGGCUUUUCUUCGACAGCAUGGCAGACCGAUGUGGUGAUGACCAAAGUGGCUACAACAUUCCAGAGAUCCGUGCAUGCCCUGAGAUUGGUGACUAUCUGAGCCAACCUGAGGAGGAACUGGCCCGUUUUAACCCUUCUCAGGCUCCCGAAUUGGUGCGGAGACUUCUGUGUGACUCGUACAUGUUUUUAUACCAGAACCCAGCAACAGCGCUUUCAAAGCCAAACAACGGAGAGCCCUAAACACAUUUGAGGACGAGGACACUGCGUUCCAUAAUAGUGGAACACUAUGUUACAACCUUACAUCUCUGCUUAAUAGACUUGAAUGCACUUUAUUGCGUCCGGACAGCAGGAACUGAAAUGGAUGCUCGGAACUUUAUUCUUAAAAAAAUAUGUCCAAAAAGAUCUACAUUAUUGUUCAGCAAUAUUAUUUUUGAUUGUUCAUAUUCACAGGUGACAUUGCCCUGUAAGGAAGAGAGAGGCUAGCAAUGAAAGGUUGCACUAUAAUGAACCUUUUUCAGUCUAUACCACGCGGAUGCCUUACAGUGGUUGUUAUUAAGUGAAAGUGUGGCAUAUCAUUUAAAAAAAAAAAAAAAAGUUUUUCUGCUUUUUAAAAUAGUUUUUUUAUGAGCCUGUCCUUUGGCAAACUAAAGUUAGGUCCACUGAAACACUGAUGACAUGUGUGGCGGAUGUUGCGUAAUGUUAGCUUUGGAUUGUUACAAGUGUACGCCAACCUAGCCACCACUGGCAUGCCUCUGUUAUUGUUAACAGAAGUCUCAAGACAGGAAAUGGUGUAAAUGUCCACGAAUGGUUUUAUUAUUUACUGUAAUUAAUUGCACUAUGUGUUGUUUUUACCACUAAAGAUGACUGGUUAUAAAGUAAUUUGAAUAAAAUUACAAUCACUGCAACUGGAAAAAUCGUUUAAUUGACUCUUGGGCAUUUUUAAUACAGA